AUGAAUGUGAAUAAAAAUUAUUUCAUUGGAGUAGGGCGGGAUAAGGAAGCCACUGCUCGAGUUUAUUUAAAAGAAGGAACAGGACAAGCAAAAGUCAGAACCAAAGAUGGAAAAGAAAAGGAUUUAAAAGAUUACUUUUAUAUGGAACCUUUCCUCUGCAAAGAUAUUUACCAACCAUUAAAAUUAUUUAGCAAGGAAAAAGAUUAUGAUUUGUUGAUAAGAGUAAGAGGGAGCGGUUUUCAUAGUCAAGCCGACGCGAUUAGAUUAGGUUUGGCUCGGGCUUUAUUAAAAGUUUCUCCUGAAUAUAGAACAACUCUAAGAAAAGGCUAUUUUAAAGAGGAGUUAAGCAAAGAGUUUGAAGAUAUCAGAAAGAAUCCAGAACGAUUUGGUUUGCAAAAGCCUUUUUCAUCCAUAGCCGAGGAGGUAUUGAGGGCCUACAAAGAAAAUUUGAUCGAGAAGUUGACUUUUCUUUCCUACACUAGUAAAGAAGGAGAAUAUUCUCUAACACCGACUAAAAAACUUCUAGCAAAUUUACAAGUUCUUAAAUCAAAAUCACCUUCCAAAACUCCGGUAGCACUUAUCACUACUGGUUCUAUGAACCCCAUUCAUAAAGAGCAUGUCAACAUAUUCGAAUUAGCCAAAAAAGAAAUAGAAACCCAAGACCCUAGUAAAGGGGUAGUGGCAGGAUAUAUUUCUCCCACUUCUGACUUCUAUCUUAAAAAAAAACUGAAAGAGGAGGCGAUCGAUGAAGUAGUAGAAAAUUUGUCAAAUUUCUUAAAUUCAAAAAUCUCGAAAGUCCUUUAUGGAGAAAUUAAAAUUAUGUAUCUAUGUGGAGAUGACCUUAUCCUAAGACAACCAAAGCGAGAAGAAGAAAAAGAGCUUGAGCGAGGUAGGAGAGAAGCAAGUAGAUUUAAAAAAAUGAUUGAAAGCGGACAUGACAUUGUUGUUGUUGGUAGAAACAGCAAUGAUACAGAGUGGAAAAAUAAGUGUAAAAAUGUUCUUGAUUCUAUUUGUGGUCCCGGUAGCGAAUGA